AUGGGGAAUUCAACAAGCUCCUUAAGCGAUUUGAAUCUCUUCUCAAAGGGCGGCGUAUUUACUUCUCAACAAUUAGAUGAGUAUCAGGUAAGGUUAGUCAUGGGCCAUCAACUGAUUGUUUAGGACUGCACUUUCUUUACAAAGAAGGAUAUCCUUCGGCUUUAUAAAAGAUUCUACGCUCUGAAUCCGGUGAAGAUACCGACCAACAUGCAAGGAACUAGAACAUCCAUGAUCCACCUUACUUUUGAGGAAGUCGAAAAAAUGCCGGAACUAAAAGUAAUAAAUCACCUUGAUUUUUAAAAUCCUUUAGGAAAAUCCCUUUAAAAGGCGGAUCUGUCAGGUGUUUUCCGAAGACGGAAGCGGCAAUCUCAGUUUUGAUGAUUUUUUGGAUAUGUUCAGCGUGUUCAGCGAGAAUGCUCCAUUACAAUUAAAACUAAAAUAUGCGUUUCGCAUUUACGACGAUGACGGAGACGAACAGCUUGGCCAUGACGACAUUAGCAAAAUGAUUCGCUCUCUCACUCGAGAUGAAUUGACUGAUGAGGAAAUUGAAUUCAUCAUUGAAAGGGUAAAUAAGUUUACUAGAAUAAAUAAAAACAAAAUGCCUAUUACAGAUAAUCGAAGAGGCGGAUUUGGACGGUGAUGAACAAAUAUCAUUUGCGGAAUUCGAGCAUGUGGUAUCAAGAUCCCCGGAUUUCAUCCGCACCUUCCAUGUCCGUAUCUAA